GACUAUAAACCUGCUCAGCAGAUCCCUGCAGCCUCAGUGGGAGAUAAAAACCACCACCCUGAAAGCAGAUGGAGCAUCCGUAGGUCUGAGCAGCACUCAGCAGGAUGACACGUUCUCUUUCUCUCUACUGCAUCCUCCUCCUUUCUCAAAUUCUCGGUCUAACUGAAGGUUAUUUGAUUGUUUCCAUGGACCUUCUCCCCCCUGUCGUCAUCGGAGACACGGUCACGUUAAAGUGCAACUUCCAAACAGAUGGUAUCCUGCGAGAAAUCGCAUGGUUUCAGGUAACUGAAGGAGGCAACGCCAAGCAAAAGAUUUUCACCUAUGAUUCUGUAUACAACGUAAGUUUCUCCAACAUGGAAGACGAGAGGAAACGAGAGGAACUGGUUUACCACUCAACAGUACGACUUCCAGAGGUCCAGCUGGAGGAUGAUGGUCUGUAUGAAUGCCAUGUGGGCAUCUACAACAAAGGUUCCAGAGAGAAGCUGGUUGUAGCCUCUGGCAGCAUCACUCUUACUGUUAUUGUUCCCCCCAAGUCUAUUUCUGUCGCAGCAGCCAACAGCCCAGCUCCAUUCAGCCGCUACGAGGUCAAGAACUUCACUCUGGUUUGCAUUGUUACUGGAGCAAAACCGGCUCCCCUGGUUUACUUCAAGAGGGAUGGUGAGCUUAUUGAUGUGUUUCCAGCAACUCGGCCUUCCUCCUUGGUGGGAUACAACAGUAAAGGCUCCAGUCACAACAAAAACCGGAGUGGGAACCAGGUUCUUCCCAGGGGAGACCUUGAUGACACCAAAAUCCAGAAGUCACUGUCCCUGCAGAAUCAAGGGGUGGAGCUGACCCAGCUUAGACAAAAUGAGACGGACACCUUUGAACAAGGCAUAAAGGAAGGAUCCAGGUUGAAGCUUGAAUCAACCACAGAGGUGAUCCCUGAAACGGUGGUGAGCCGGGAGUUUCCCCGCUGGGUCCAGAGCAGUGACCCGCUCUACUACUUCCAGCACUGGCAGCAGGUGUUGGGUGAUGGCACCAUGGAAGUGAGAGCCAUGCUGACCUGGAACCUCAACCCACAGCUGGAUAAUGAAGCCCUGUUCAGCUGUGAGGUCAAACACCCAGCUCUGUCCAUGCCCAUGCAGGCUGAGGUCACACUCACUGCUCCCAGAGGACCCAAGCUUUUCACCAGACCCAGUAAGGCCAAAGUGGGAGACACGGUGCGCAUUUCUGUCCAGGGCUUCCAGCUGGGACCUUCUGCUACCAAGGUCUUCCCUGAGCCCUUGUUCACCUGGACUAGGGUUGGUGGGAAUUUGCUGGAUGGCAGUGAGAAGCAUGAUGGGAGGGAGCUGGUGCUGGAGCGGGUCCAUGCUGAGCUGAACGGAUCCAUGUUCCGCUGCACAGCUCAGAAUCCUCUGGGCUCCACAGACACUCACACCCGCCUCAUCGUGUUUGAAAACCCACGACUGAAGAAAGGAAGAGAACAUUUCGUCGCUAUCAACGCAGUAGCCAGCCAGCACCUCCUCACAUUAAACAUCCUGUUGCUGCUGCUGAGAUUCACCUGGGAGCUGACAUGACCUGAGCUCUGCGGCUCCAACAGAACACAAGCUGCCCUCCGAGGACCUCCUGGUAGAAGCCUCACCUCCAUCAGACCCAGACCUCAGAACUGGAGGCUCACCCUGAGUCAUCAGACACAGAAGCUGCAGGAUCCACAUGCUUUAGUGUAGUUAAUGUUGGUACCAGCAGCGCAUGAGCUGAGGAGGCCACUCCAGGCCAGAUCCUGCUCCUGUGGGAGGAUGUGAACAGACAGGUUUACACACUGGGUCACAGCGUGACUUUCUCAUCUUUGGUCAUUUUUCCAGGAUUCCUGGUUCAGAUCAUUCUUCCAUUGGGACUAAAUGAUGUGCUUCACUUUUUUUAAACGACACAAAUUUACUCAAAUGUUUUAUUGCAAAAAUAUUAAAAGGUAAUUUUAAAAUGGUAAGUGGCCUGCCUACAAAUAAUCUUCAUCAGUCUGGAGGUGCAAAAUUCUCCACUUAACCUUUGCAUCCACAAUAUAUCAGAACUUAAAAAACAGCCGCUUUCAAAGGUUCUGUCACCGGAGCUAAUCAGACCACUGCAACAUAAAGGGAAGUACUGAUUUCCUCCUUAAAUGUGAACAAUCAUGUGUGUGGAGGGACCACGACCCUGCAGCAAAUCCUCUGAAGUAAAGCUCACCCCACCUACCCCCCUGAUACGAAGCAAACAUCUUGUGCAGCAGUUUAGACGAAUCAGAGACAGGAAACACUGAGUGCUGCGGUUGGCUGCAGAAUCCCAGAUGGAGUUCUUCCUUCUUGGAUAUUCCUGCCCUCUGGUUCCACUGGGAACCGGGCCGACAGUGACACUUUGAUAUGUGCAUUAUUAAAACUGGUUAAAAACCUUGGUGGAUAAAAGAUGGAGGUCUGUGAGAGUAAAAAUCAAAAAUGGCAUCCAGCCUGCAGGUCUCACCACCUUCAUGUUCUCUAAUAGACUUCCACACACA